AUGGCAACUGAUUCCCCCAUAUCUAGUGCUUCAUCAAACUUCAUCCCUAGUAACACUGCUGCCUCAUCAAUGGCAUAUUUGGAACUCCCUCCUUCUGAUCAUCCAUGGAUGAGUCUGGUGACCACAUUACUCAUUGACUCAAACUAUUUGAUUUGGAGCCGUGGCAUAAUGCGGUCACUUGCAGCUAAGGGCAAAGAAGGCUUCAUUACUGGAGAAAUUCCAAAGCCUAAGGAACCUGUGGCUACAGCCAUUUGGAGGAGAACUGAUAACAUGAUUCUCUUGUGGAUGCUCAACUCUAUUUUUCCACAGCUAACAGAUGUUUUUGGUUAUGUAAAUUCCAGCCAUGAACUGUGGAACAUACUCAAAGAGAGAUAUGGGCAAUGCAAUGGUCCUGUCAUCUAUCAACUGAAAAGGAAAAUCUCAAGUUUAACCCAAGGUAACAUGAGUAUAGCCUCUUACUUCACUAAACUUAAAAAGCUAAAGGAUGAACUGUAUUGUUUGGCACCUAUUCUUGAAGAAAUGAAUGAAGUGGAGGAGUACAUUUAUCUGCAGGAUAUAGUGGACUUCCUUAUGGGGUUGAAUGACACGUUUAAUGCAAUUAGGAGUCAAGUUCUCAUGCAAGAUCCACUUCCUUCACUUAACAAAAUCUAUGGAAUGCUCUGCAGUGCUGAAAAAACAACAAGAGAUUCAUGGUCUUGUUCAUAA